UAGUUGACGGGAAUUCGCUGACACCAGUUGUUUUCGCGCGCAGAUGUACGCACAUCAGCAGAUGCCGCCAAUAGAAAAACUGGACUGAAGUGGGCUACCAGUUACAACUGAUUUGAAUGCUAAGGACAAUUCGGUGACACGGACUUUUAUCGCUAGUAUAAGCUGAACUGUAUGGCAUGCGCUCGGCCACCAAUCGCUACAGAUAGACUUCACCAGACGCCUCCACACAUCCAGCAAUGAUGGCUGUUCUCCGCUCUGGAGGGAGAGUGUUCAUCAUGCUCCUCAUUAGCAGGAUGUUAGAGAACUCUCUGCUCAGCGCUGAAGUGAAGGAGGGAGAGAUUCUGCCUCCCACCAUUCAGAAGUUGAUGAAAGGAUACAACAAGUACCUCAGGCCUUUCUUUGACAAUGGGCCAGUGACUGUGGGCAUGAGUUUGGACGUUGCCAGCAUUGACACCAUAUCAGAGAUCAACAUGGACUACACGGCCACCAUCUUCCUGCGUCAGCGCUGGACAGACGAGCGCCUGGUGUUUGAGGGGAACAAAAGCCUGAGUCUGGACGGCAGGCUGGUGGAGCUGCUCUGGGUACCAGACACCUUCAUCGUAGACUCUAAGAAGUCCUUCCUCCAUGACAUCACUGUGGAGAACAGGCUGAUCAGGAUCUUCCCCAAUGGAACAGUGCUCUACGCCCUGAGGAUCACCACCACUGUGGCCUGCAACAUGGAUCUGACCAAAUACCCCAUGGACAAGCAAACCUGCACUCUGCAACUGGAGAGCUGGGGCUACAACACCAAUGAUGUGAUGUUCUACUGGACCAGAGGGAAUGAGUCGGUCAGUGGUUUGGACACGCUGCGUCUAGCUCAGUACACAGUAGAGGACCACUACACCUCUGCGUCUGAGGCCAUCUAUGAAACAGGCCACUACCCCAAGCUGAUCUUCCACUUUGAGCUGAAGAGAAGCAUCCUGUACUUCAUCCUGGAGACGUAUGUUCCCUCUAGCCUGCUGGUGGUCCUGUCCUGGGUUUCCUUCUGGAUCAGCCAGUCCUCCGUCCCCGCAAGAGUCUGCAUCGGAGUGACCACGGUUCUGACCAUGACCACGUUGAUGAUGGGUGCCAGGACGUCCCUGCCCAAUGCCAACUGUUUCAUCAAGGCCAUCGACGUGUACCUGGGCAUCUGCUUCAGCUUCAUCUUCGGAGCGCUGAUCGAGUACGCAGUGGCCCACUUCUGCACCCUCAACCACCCCGACGCCAACAUUGUCAUGUACGGUCACCAGAUGGGAGGCUUUGACGAGGAGAUGAACGGCAUGGUCACUACCAUCGCCACUGAAAACAAUAGGGCCAAGAGGCGUAAGGAGAAAGCUGCUGCAGCCUCAGCGCCCAUGGCAGAGCUGGAACUAGGCCCCUCCAGCUCCACUGGCAGCGAACCCAAGCCUGAGGCCCCUGAGGAGACCCCGAACCGCUGCAUCACUGUCCUGGUCCUCCUCCGCAAGAUCCUGCGCAAAGCUGCAAACUGUUGCCAUGUUGAGAAUCCCCACUUAAUAGACAACUACUCCAGGAGGACCUUCCCCCUCUCCUUUGUAUUCAUCAACCUCCUCUACUGGACAUACUACCUGUACUUGUAACACACAGGAGUGUGUGUUUCGGUAUGUGCAUGUGCCUGUGUGUGUGUGUGGGGGUGGGUGUCUGAAUCUGUGUGUUUCUGUUUGUAAGUGUGAUUUGUUCAUACUGUAUGUGUUUUUUCUCAAACAAUGCACAUGUUUACAUUUACGGUCAUGAGUGAGGCAUAGUGUACAGUAGACCACCAACUACAGCACAACAUCCUGAGGAGGAUCAAAUGUCCAUGCCACAUUUAUUGUACCUGAUUCAGCUCAUUACUGCUCUCAUAAUUGAUUAAUUUCCAGUACGUUCUGUCCAUCAUCACCUGCUGAUAGAUGACCUAUGGCUGGUGCGGAGCAGAGGAGUUAGUGGCUGGAUGCGCUGUGUAAUGGUGUAAUAUUUAUGACUGAGCUCCUCACUGCGAAGGGAAGCCUCCAGAGUGCCUCUGGGUUAGGCUGGGUCCACACUUAAGCUUCGAAUGGCACACUCUCUCUCUCUC